AGGAGCCUUUUCAGAAGCUGAGCUGGAAGUUGCGACGACGGACUCAACUUAUGAUUGUGGACACGGAGCCGGUUCAUCCAUUUUUCAUCCCAUCUACUUCAAUCUUAGGUUCCGUUCAAUUCGAGGUAUUUGUUUUUUUCUUCUUUCCCAGAACAACCCGAAAAUACGUGUAUAAACUUCUUUUCGUCUAUUAGGUACCUCUUUAGCAGGUAAUUAUUCGAAGUGCUUGCUGGCCAGCAUUCGUGUCUAUUACAUCUUUCCGAUAUUAUGGAUCAUCCUCGACCUCCAGUACGCGAAUCGUGGUGGGCGCCCAUUUCUGUCGAUCUCCUCCUCAAGGUUCUCAACGUUACGAUAUUGCAUCCCUUCGUAGCAUGGAUUAUACCUCUCUGCUUCCGCGCCGAGCACCAAGCGUGGAACACCAACCCUAUGGUAGUUAGCAUUGCGUGGGCUAUCUUCGUCACUCUCUUAUGGAUGGGAAAUGUUAUAAGUCACAAGAUUGCGUAUGGAAUGCACCGGGAGGUAGACUUGAGCGAAGAAGUCAUCGUAAUAACAGGUGGUGCUAGCGGUCUUGGCCUCUUAAUUGCUGAAGUAUAUGGCAUGCGAGGGGCUACCGUUGCGGUUUUGGAUAUCACCGAAUUGGAGAGUACGGAAGCCCGCGGUAUUACUUAUUAUAAGUGCGACGUACGAGAUAAGGCACAUAUUGCUAGAGUUGCAACGGAGAUAGAGCGCGAUCUCGGAACACCUACCGUCCUAAUUAACAAUGCCGCAGAGGUCGUUGGCAAGAAACUGCUCGAUAUGGAUCUAGAGGAAAUUGAGAAGAGUCUCACAACGAACCUCCUAUCGCACUUCUACACCAUCAAGACCUUUCUGCCGGGGAUGAUUCGCAAUGACACUGGCGGCACCAUUGUAACCCUCUCCAGCGUUAUUGGCCACCUCGGUGCAGCUCAACUCACGGACUACGCUGCUGCCAAGGCAGGAGUGACGGCUUUACACAAGUCUCUAGCUGCCGAGCUGCAGGAAUACCCAGAGAUCAAGACCAUUCUCGUUACGCCAGGCCAGCUAAGCACACCACUCUUCCACGGCGUGAAGACUCCUAAUUCAUUCAUUGCCCCGGUUGUCGAGCCCAUAGACGUUGCCAAGGAGAUAAUAAAGGCUAUCGAUCUCGGCUUAAGCGAUCACAUCGGCAUGCCCCUUUACGCGCGCUGGGUGGAUUGGUACAACGUGUUGCCUGUGGGCCUCCAGAAGAUUGCGCGGAAGCUUUCCGGCGUAGACAGCGGCAUGAAAACAUUCAUAGGCCGUAGGGGGACUCAGCCGAGCGAGAAGAAUGGGAGACUGAUCUAGCAUCCAUCGCAAAUUGCAAAUUGGCGGGUGAUUCAACAUAAAGAUAUUUGGUUAAUGGAAGAGAACAUUUACGAUAAUACUGAUACAUACCAGAUAAUGGAGCGCUGGCGUCCGCAAGUCUGUCAAGAUGCAAUAGCAGCAGUAAUGUGUAGGGUAAAUACUGUAUAGUAAAACGCAGAGAACACGCGUUCCCAUAGGAAGUUGAUC